ACAAAGUCCUAGGUAUAAGAGUCCUAGAAACGACAAAGAGAAGUCUGUGCCAAUAUCAUUUAAUUCACGAGUUCUUCCCUAUUCUCAUCAUCACACAAACCGUAUCAGUUUCGGGCACAAUGGAUACCUUAAAUCGUGUCUCAGAAUAUCUCUUCGGCCCUGCGAUUCCUCAUCGAGAACCAUGUGGCCGAGCAGUACAGAUCAUGUCGGAUCUUCAUCUCGAGCUGAAUCGACAAUACGCAACGUUUGACUUUCCUGUCAAAGCACCUUUUCUCAUUCUUGGUGGUGAUAUAGGCCGUUUAGUCGACUACGACAUGUUUCUUCCUUUCCUCGCACGCCAAACAGAACGCUUCGAGAAGGUUUUCCUGGUUCUUGGCAACCAUGAGUUCUAUGAGAUGAGCUAUGAGGACGGUAUCGAAAAGGCGAGGCAGCUGGAGAAAGAAGUGUCUCUGAAGGGAAAACUUGUGAUCCUAGAUCGAAAUCGCUGGGAUGAUCCGGAUUCGAAACUCACAAUUAUCGGCGUAACAUUGUGGUCGAACAUCCAUUCUUCAGCAGCUGAGACCAUUGCCCUCCGAGUAUCAGACUACAAACUCAUCAAAGACUGGACUGUAGCCAAGCACAACGAGUGUCAUGCCCGGGAUCUCGCCUAUCUCACAGAGACGAUAUCCGAACUCAACAACCUUCCAGCAGAAUCUCAGAGAAAUGUCUUGGUAGUGACGCACCACGCACCCUGUGUGAAAGGGUCUUCGAGACCAGAACAUGCGAAUGCACCGUACAAGACGGCGUUUUCGACGGAUGUUAUCCAGGCGAGGGAGUUUAUGCGUGGAGUGCAGGUUUGGAUGUUUGGUCACACGCAUUAUACGACUGAGUUUAAGAAGGGUGGUGUGAAGGUUGUUGCGAAUCAGAGGGGGUAUGUUUUGGGUUACAAGGGGCCGACACUGGAGAAUACAAGGGGUUUUGACGACGAGAGAGUUGUAGAGUUGUGAGUUGGGAUAAUUGGGUUCUUACACUUAGAUAGUAUUAGAGAUCUGCUCUCGAUGAGCUCAAAGAGUUAGUAUACUGAGUUGGUUCAUUCCAUCAUUGACUAUGACCCCGUUUGUUUGUAUAUAAUAUAGGCGUCCAAGGCCGACUAUAUGUCCUGAGUACAUGUCGUCAGAAUAACAUGGUCAAUGGUCCAUCUCCAGUGACGGGUUGGGAAUGUUGG